UUCAAUCAAUAGAUUUUGAUAAAGUUCAAUUUCCAAAUAUAGCCGAGAUGAAUGCUCUCGUAUAUGUUGUUGGAUAUGCAGUGACAAAACUAAAACAUAGAAGGUGUCGUAAACGAAUGGUUCUGAAACACGGAGUAUUGCAGAUCCUGCAAAAUCGUUAUUCGUUCUGUAGAUUGAAACAUCAUCUUCAUGCAAACGGAUUCAAAUAUCCUAAUAAUGCAGCAAUUGAGAUCGGUACCCUUCUAUUAAUAGCUUUCAAAGAAAAAUUCUACAAUUUUUUUACCGAAAGUAGAUCAGGAGUGAAGAACAGAUUAACUGAAUAUGUUGAUUACUGUGACUAUGAGUCGUAUAUUUGCCCCACUUGUUUCGAAAGAUUUACUGACUGCCUUAUAAACACUCUAAUUAAAGGACAACUUUUGAAAAUAAAAAACAAAAUCAACAAGAAAAAUCGCAACACCAGUUUGAAAAAGAAUGGAAAAGCCCGCAGGAUGGGUAUUGAAAGCAAGCAACAGGUUAAUAAAACAGGCAAGAUGGAAAAAUAUAGGCGAACAAAUUAUAAAAUAAAACGAACCCGGCUAAAUCAAGAAUCUGAUUCAGUCCAGCCAAUUCAAAAUACAGAAAAAAAUGACGUUGUAAUCCCAAGUAGUACAAAGGAACUUAUUGGUGGUCCUAGCUCAUCAUGUGAAAAUGCUCCAAAACUCGUUGAAAAGGAUUAUGAACAAAUCGAGAUGGAAAAAUGUGUGACAAUGCUGGAAAAUUUUGUAGCUAAAUUCCCACCGCGAAAUACGAUUCGGGUCGAGCAAAGAGAUUGUCUUCACUUAUCUCUUGAAUACAUUUUAAGUACGUUCACUGAUUUUGAGAAUGAACUGCGGCACAUUUUUAUUAAGUACAAAAAAUACGGUAGAUACCUUUCCAAAAUAAUGGAAUUAACGAGUUGGAAUGAACUAUCCAAUAUCUUAGACGAGAAUCAUAAGUUAAGAAUGAUUAUUUAUCUGGAACAAAAACUGCUUCCAGAACAAGAAUUUGGAAUGGUAGGUUAAGAACUUGUUUAAGAUGGAUUUGAUAGCUAGAUUUAAACAAUUUUUUUCAGCAUAGCGAAUUUUUUAGCUCAGUUCUGAUUUAUGAAUGGGGGUUGCGUGUUUUCAUGAAAAUACAUAAUU